UGUGAAAUGUAUUAACCAAUGACAAGAACCCUCAGUAUUAUGGGUGGAGCCUGCCUGAAGCAUAAAUAUUAGAGCAUCGUCUUUGAUUAUAAACAUUCAUAUACAGACUUGUUGAAACUACUUGCUUGUAAUUCACAUAUUUUAUUAAACCGUAUCCUAAACGUAUUAGUUGAUGCUGCUGCUAAAAUAAUCGCUUUCAGAUUAUCUUCACCAACACUCCAAAUAAGCGGUGCUUGGUCUUAAACCAGCAAAGAAUUGGGGCCACCAUGGAACCCGUUUUCCCGGCCGAGAGCCGGUUCUUUGGCGGUGGAAAAGCAAUGAACAGAUCUUAUCUAAAACCUAUAAGAUGGCUUAUCCAACAACCUUGCAUAAAAUCGGUGGCGACGGUGGUCACUCGUUUUCCUUUACUCGAGAGAGUACUGGAGCCACGCUAAAGCAGCUGAAUGUGUGGGUAGGAGGCUCGCAGGUGAAGGGUGUCCAAGCCUUCCUCACAGAUGGAAGUCAUGAUCUUUUUGGGCAACGAUCUGGUUCUAGUCAAGAGUAUACAUUUCAGCCUGGGGAGUGUUUCACCUCUCUGUCGCUGUGGGGGAAUGGAGCAGGUACUCGUCUAGGGGCCAUCAAAUUCAAGACAAAUCGUUCCGGAGAGUUCUUUGCCAAAAUGACCAGCUGGGGCUUGAAGACAGAAUACCCCAUCGAUGUUGGCUCUGGAAUCUGCUUCGGGGUUGUUGGAAGAUGUGGCCAUGACAUUGACAACAUGGGCUUCAUGUUCCUCAAUGCUGUCAAGACAACCGUUUUGAUGGACGUCAACUACCCAACAAUGAGCCAAGUUGUACCGCAGGUGAAUAUAGAAGAAAUCAAAUCCAUCACCUACGACAACAACACCACAGCCGACCAAGAAAACAAGAUUGAAUCCUCCAAGAAAAUUACAAAGACGUCCUCUUGGACUGUGACCAACAGUAUGGAGGCAACUUUCAGUAUGGAAGUGAGUGCAGGAAUCCCAGAGGUAAUCGAGGUUUCAACUGGAUUCAGCUUUACCAUGGGAAGAGAGAGCUCUUACCAUCUGGAAAACACUGAGGAGAGAACGGAGACGGUAUCCUUUAACAUACAUGUUCCUGCAGGAAAGAAGGUGGAAGUUGACAUUACAAUCGGUCGAGCCACCAUUGACCUGCCUUACACUGGCACUGUGAAAAUAACCUGCAAUAAUGGCAGCGUGCUUCAGUAUGACACCAGUGGUGUAUACAAAGGUCUUACCUACACCACAAUUAAAGAAGUUGUUACAGAAAUGUAGAACAAACAACAAAAGCAAUUUACAUUUACAUGCCUGAUUGCCUUUGCUUUUUACUUUACCAUGAUUAUUUGACUUCAUUGUUAGGAACCUGUGCCAAAAAAUGUAUCAUGCUUUAUUUGCUUUCUCUGAAGCAAAUAUAUUCUUUUCAAAUAAGAAUCAAGACUUCCUCCUCUAUCCUGCACCGUUCAGUGACAGAACGAUCUACACAACUAUGUGAGCACUGUCUAGUUCCUCUCCCUAUAAGACGUCUAGUCAGGGGGUUAUCUAGUUAUCCAAACAUCCAAUACAUUUGACUUUAUCACUGCAUUUGUACUUUAAGUUCCUUAUUACUUAUUGGUUAGUUAAUGACUUCUUGUUUUAAGAACUUGCCCUUAAAUAAAAUGUCUGUUGUACACGUUCUUAGCAGCAAUACGAUUUGUUUUACUGAUUUGUAUAUCAUAUUAUCACAAUUCAUUUGGCUUGUAGCGGUAGACUUCAUCUUAUAUGCGCCGCAAUUUUGUUUUUCAAAAUGCUACACAAUAAAAUAUUUACAAGAAUCAA